UUCAGUCCCCAGUCCAGGCUCCAGUCCUGGGAGCUGAAUGCUGGGUGCUGCAGCUCUGGCUCCCUGUCCUGCCAGCUCCGGCAUCUCACUGCAGCUGUAUGGUGGAUCUGAUCUUCGCCUAUCCUCUGCUGGCUGCCAUGGGUGAUCACCCCAAAAAGAAGGCCGGACUGGCCGUGUGCGUGGGCUGUGGGAGCCACAUCCUUGACCAGUACAUCCUCAGAGUGUCCCCAGACCUGGAGUGGCAUGCCGCCUGCCUGAAGUGUGCGGAGUGCAGCCAGUACCUGGAUGAGAACUGCACGUGUUUUGUGCGAGACGGAAAGACCUACUGCAAGAGAGAUUACCUCAGGCUGUUCAGUGCGCGAUGCCCCCGGUGCCAGGGUACGUUGCCUCGCUCGGAGUUGGUGAUGAGGGUCGGGGAACGUGUCUAUCACACGGAUUGUUUCCGGUGUUCGGUGUGCAGUCGCCGGCUCCUGCCGGGAGAGGAGAUCAGUCUGAGAGACCAGGACUUGCUGUGCGGGGCAGAUCACAGCCUUCCAGACUCUGGCAGAUCGUCAUCCCUUAGGUCUCACAUACAUAAACAAAGCGAGAAGACCACCAGAGUACGGACUGUCCUUAACGAGAAGCAGCUUCACACCUUGAGGACCUGUUAUGCGGCCAAUCCCCGGCCAGACGCCCUAAUGAAGGAGCAGUUGGUCGAGAUGACUGGUUUAAGUCCCAGGGUAAUCAGGGUCUGGUUUCAGAAUAAGCGCUGUAAAGACAAGAAAAAAUCUAUCCUUAUGAAGCAGCUCCAACAGCAGCAACAGCUUAAUGACAAGACGAGCCUGCAGGGGUUGACAGGGACACCACUGGUGGCUGGGAGUCCCAUCCGGCAUGACAGCGCUCUGCAGGGCAAUGCGGUGGAGGUGCAGACAUAUCAGCCACCUUGGAAGGCACUCAGUGACUUUGCAUUACAGAGCGACCUGGAACAACCCGCAUUCCAGCAGCUGGUAUCCUUCUCCGAGUCUGGUUCCUUGGGGAACUCCUCUGGCAGUGAUGUGACCUCCCUGUCCUCCCAACUCCCCGACACUCCCAACAGCAUGGUCCCCAGCCCGGUGGAAACGUGAGGUCCUCACCUGCAGAGUGAUCAGCAUGGAGCCUGCAUGAGACCCCUGUACCCCAAACAGACAGCAGUUCCCCUGAGCACCCACCUAGCUGGACCCUUGAUAACAGCUCUGGGGGGUCACACCCCACUCCAGUCUGGAUCCUUGCACAUCCCUACUUUAUACUGGGAAUUUGGAAAGAAACAGGAAAACUGUGGUUCUUUUUUUUCCCACCCACAAUUCAUCUCGGAGGAGAAUGAUCGCUGGCCAUACGUUUGGUUCUAUAGCAGAACAUGGAUGUACUGGCUUCUUACCUGAACUAAUGGGAUAUCAAAUAUUUAUAGAAAUAUAUAACAAAUGCUGAGACGUUUGACGACCCUGGUAAUUUAUCUUGUGGAUCGAGGACUUUAUUAUCGAACAAAAAAGUAAGUUAUUAAUAUUUAUUGUCAAAACUGCAGUUACGACGGAUUAAUAUGAAAUCUUAAUAAUAAAAAUACU